CAUACGACAUUUAUCCCUAUACAUGUAACUGAAAAAGCUGUUUAUUCGAGGAUACAAACCUGCAUUAAACGCUACAUAAAAAAGUAGAACUUUAUAUAAUUCUGAAACAUUUCCCCACAUUAUAAAACUGUUUUAUUUGCUUGUUAACACAGAGGUCAGAAGUCAACUGCUAUGUAAACAAACAUGUCUGUCUAAUAUAAGUUAUCAUUACUAUUGUAAAUAUUGUAUAUUUUACAUUUUGCACAGACUGAAAGUCGGCUGUGUUUUUUCUGUAUUUCCCGUAAUACUUAUAUACAUAAUACAUUAUAUUAUGACGUCACAAUCAUCUUUUAGCGUAAAUUUAUAUGAUUUGGCGCUUUUGUUUAAAAAACAACAACAUACAUGUGUACCUAAACAUGAAUCAAUGAAACCAGUUGAGUUAUCUUCAGCUUCGGCGUUCUGAAUUUUCUUACACGAUUAUGUGAGUGGAUAUUUACUUAUAUAUAUACAUGUAGGUAAGUUGUGAAUAGGCAUGACGAAUUAUUUCUCUGUAAGAAGUGUGUAAACAAUUUAAACCCACUAAGACUAAAUAUCAUUAAACAGACUACAUGAAAAGACACGAGAUUAAUCAUACGAGAUCACGUGGUGCAUUAAAUCGACAUAUUUCCUAAACGUAAACAAUUUGAAAAGCAUUGUGUCAGUUGAAAACAAAGGGUUCAUGAAAUACGUUAUCAAAUGGCCCAACCUUAUUUUGGGACACUCACACUCGCUAAGUAUUAUACUAUCUGCGGGAUCCCCCCAGUUUAUUCCAUAUCUACGACACUUAUCCCUAUACAUACAACGGAAAAAUAUUGCCUUUCAUAUUCUAAAACUGCUUUUAAAACAUUGGAAUCAGCAAAAUUUUACUGUGAAGAACCUGAUUUAUACAAAUGGGCAUACGAAGAGGGCCUAUAAUUGUAUGCACAAGAUCAUGAAUACUCCACCAUUUAAACGCAAGUUUGCGGACAGUUCACCUACGAAGGUGAGACAACUUCUUGAACAGGUGCAGAAGGAUGUAAAUGGGACAAACCAAGAGCAAGGGAAGCCAUUCUGUUUCAAGACAUUUCAUUUUUUCUCGGCCUUGUUGCCAUGCCUCACACAGGUCAGCGAAGAGUUCAAGCACUUCUACAACUUGAAUAUCCUUGACCUGGAUGUAAAGGAUGACCUACAGAAAGCCAAAGUCAUCAAUUGGUGUAGAACAGCCAAGACCUUAUAUCCAUUGAGAACCAGAGGGGACGGGAACUGCCUUCUACACGCAGUGUCCCUGUUUCUAUGGGGGAUAGAGGACAAUGAUUUAUUGCUGCGCCGGCUUCUGUACCUUAGCCUGGUGAAUGAUACAAACAGGAAGUUCCACAAGAGAUGGGUCCUGCAGCAGAGAAAUAUGGCCUUGGAAAGACCAAGCGACUUCAACCCAGACAUGAAUUCAAAAGAUAUGGAUGCUGAAUGGGAAAAUGUCCUAAAAGCUGCAGAAGACCGCCCAUUGGACUCGAAUGGGGCAAUGAGCUUCUAUCCAUUGGAAGGAAUUCACUUAUAUGUUCUAGCUAACAUCUUAAAGAGACCAUUGAUAGUUUUAUCUGAAAGGAGUGCUCGCACUGUUUAUGGACAGAGCAUGCAGAAGGACAGCAUAGGUGGAAUCUAUCUUCCUUUGGAAUGGAAACCGUCAGACACCUGCAAGUCCCCAAUAACAAUCGCAUACAGCAUGAACCACUUUGCUCCUCUUCUUCCUCAGAAGAUGGUGCACGAUGGAAGAGCGACAGAUUCAGAGUAUGUCAUUCCAUUAGUAUAUCACGACUUUGAACCUGUUGUGCUUAAAUUUUUGCUCUAUUCUGAGGAAAGCGUGGGUCACGAAAUGAUCAAUGGAUAUUUAGAUACCAAGAACAUUCCAAUGACUACUGCAGACUCCAUUCUUCAAAUUCCUGUGGCAAAAGCUAAUUAUCAUAUUAACAAGCCAGCUUUUGAUAUUGUGCAGAGUCAUUUUGAAGAGUGUCAGCAAAUAUAUCAAAUGUGGAUUUUAGAAAAACAGGCUCAUGCUGGUCAACCUCAAGAUAACCUGUAUAUGAACAAUGAGGCACUGAGAGUAACUAGUCAAAACUCCUCACCUCAGCCAUAUAGCAGCCCUCGUUACCAGUCGGCCAAAUGUCAGACUCCAGGAUGCGAUCUUUAUGGCUCCCCAGCUUAUGGUGGGAAGUGCUCGGAGUGCUUCAAGAAAUACACUGUAGAAUAUAAUAAACAAGAAAGAGAAAAUCGCAAUCAGGUGCUGGAACCAUCGGCACCACUGGCAUCAAUGCCCUAUCUUCCCAGUGGAAAUUACUGUCAACUGUCCAUAAUGGAUGAAAAUUGCCAGAACUUUGCCAAGUGUGGAAACAAGACCUCGGUGAAUACGUACCCAGUCUGCUAUGAGUGUCGGUCGAAUGAUACGCCGUUAACUCAUUCAGUCAGUCAGGAAAUAAGUUCUUCUCCACCCAGGGCUGUGGGAAACGAACCUGUGGAUGAAAGUAAGCUAUUUGGAGAGGGAGAUUUGCCGAGACCUCUGAAUUUUAAUGUGAUAGAAACAAGUAGACCUGGUCCAAGUUCUGCACGCACAGAACAGUGCCUGUCACCAAGCUGCGAGAACCCUGGACAUACCAACUACAAUAACUUUUGCAAAGAGUGUUUUUCUAAACACCAACGUCAAAGAACUGGUCUGUCCACUAUCGGUCAGGAAGGUCCUUCUUCCCAGACAUACCUAUUGAACUUCUCCAGUGGAGAUCCCAGUGGAGGAACCCCCUCUCCUGGGGACUCAGAUAUUCAUGACUUUGAAAUGGUAGGGAAUAGACUUAGUUAUGAGCAAAUUCAGCAACUACAGCAUGCAGGAACAUGCAAAUUUGAAUCAUGCCAAGAAUUUGGACAUGUUCAUUUCAAUGGAUAUUGUGAAAAUUGCUUCCAUAAGACAAAGGCCACUCACUCCACCCCAGCAUCAACAAAUAUUUCCAAAAUUCUGUGUUCUAUACCAGGAUGCAGAGAAGAGAGGAUUAAAAAUGACUUUGGACUAUGUUUGCAGUGUUUCCUUAAGAAUAAACCUUCCUGCGCUGAGGUUAGCAAAGAACCCAUACCUCCACCAGACAACAGCACCUUAGAAUCCAAAACGCCUUUAGAUACCAGUGAAAUUCCUCAGCCAUGCAUUGUCACCAGCUCCAAAGACAAAGUGCAGUGUGUAUCUCCUAUGUGUGGUGCACUCAUCUACCCUCCCAAACAGCUGUGUGACCGCUGUAUGGGCAUUCUUCAGAGAGAGCAUGCAGAGAACAACAGGUCAAGGUCAUUGGAGGUCAACCGACACAGGCCAGCAAGGCAAGGGAAUGCAUACUCCCCCUCACGCCACAAAUGUCUGACUGAAAAAUGUGAUUACUAUGGAGACAAAAAAUUCCACGGUUACUGCUCUAACUGUUACCAAGUCGCAAUGUCGACAGCUCCAAUGCGGAACAUACAGCCAGUGGUAGUGACACGACAGAACAACACAGCCCCACAUCUACGCCCGGGGUUGAACUGUUUGGAGCCAGGUUGCGAUAAAUUUGGAGACCCUUCCAUGAGCUACCGCUGCACUGAACACUACAGACAGGCCAUCCAGACAGCCCCUCCCCCACGCUCCUCCCCUUACCGUCUGCCUUCAGAGGUCGAACAAUACAAUGUAGCAGAAAAAGACCGCAUUGCAACAGUACACACUCAAAUGCCCACGUCCCUAACACCCCAGCAGUAUAAUAUACCCGUCACAUCCACCGGGGCUUCAGGAACGGGCAGGUCUCAAUAUAUUCAAGCCAUGCAGAAAGUAGAGGGGUCCAGAAAGGGGAAGAAAUGUAAAACUCCGUCAUGUAACAAUUAUGGCAACUCUAGUAAACGGGGUUAUUGUAAUGCAUGUUUUAUCGACAGGACUGUAAGGAGGGAACCCAGACACAAUGAACACGGGGAGUAUUCUUGUUGUUAAUGAAACUGUCAAAUAGUCAGAAAUAAAUCUCAUUUAUCAAUCAUAUCAAGUUUUUAAAGACCCCCCCCCCCCCCCCCCCCCCCAUCCAACUAGAAUGUCAUUCUUAAAUAUUGAUUAUUUAAUUUCUAUAGCUGAUGUAUUUUCUUUCUCAUUUCAUAUAUUCUCCAAAGUUUCAGGGGAGAUUGCAUGUAUUCCAAAAGUGAUAGAAUUUGUAAUGUGAGUUUUGUAGUCAGAAUACCAAUGAUGGAAGAAUAUAGAAUCUAUGAUCUGGGCAGAGCUAUUGUACAUGUACAUCACGUGCCUACUGAAUGUGUGAGAAAUGUACAGGACACACGUGUGAACUGAGCUUUGAACACUAAGAAUAUUAUCAUGUGAUGUGUGACACAUUGUAAAGAACAUUUCUGGUAAAUGUUGUGUAUCCAAUUUUCUGGAAUCUACUAAAAGGAAGCUGAAUUUUUAUGACGGUUUCAAAAUUGCAAGUCAUGAUUACGAAUAUUGCAUGAAGUUAUUCCUGGAUUCCAAUGGAAUUAUUGUAUAUUUAUAUGUCCAUUUAUAAGUGUGUAGAAUUGUGUAGGUGAUGAAUAUUAUAGUGAGGUGCGUUUGUAUAUUCAUGUGUUGAAUAUGAAAUUGAUCAGACAAUCAUAAGAUAACAUUGAGUUUUCAUAUUGAACUUGUGACUUUAAAGGAGUGUGUACUUUUCUCAUUUUUUUUUCAUUAAACCUAUUUAAUGACUUAAUACAAUGUCUUUGGCAUGCUAUCUUUAAAUGUAUCCUCCAUUUGACAAUAUUUAAAGGGGCAUUAGCAGUGAAAGUGAUGACAACUAUUUUAUUUUUUCUCAAAAUCUCUCAAUGGCAUAGGAAUAUGUAUAUUAAUGACUAAUAAAAAUAUUUAUUUCGUACAAAAAUGAGAGAAACCUAAUAAAACUACUUUAAGUAAUUGCUUUUAGUCGUGUUAGUGUAAAGAAAUGUAUAAGGAAGAAUUAUUAGCUUGCAAGACAAUAAUUAUUUAAGCACCAAAAUUACAUAUUCAUGUGCCUGAGUGUUUGAAAUAAUUGAAUACUGGUGUUAUUAUAUAAUAUAGAGCAACUUCCAUUAAAUUCAAUUUUUGGUGACAAAAUGAGAGCUAAUGCCCCUUUAAAUCUUGGAUUGUUGAUUAUUUUUUUUCACUUUUUAUCAGAGUGAGUGGGUAAAAUGCUGGUUUCGUUCGUUUAUUUAAAUCUUUUUUCUGAAAUAGCGGCAAAUUUGGGGGGAGGGGGUCAUUUCGGUACUAUUUCUUACACUGCUUUUGAUUUACACUUUGGAAUUAUUAUAUCUGUGAUAAUUUUAAAAGUAUUUGUAUUGUAAUGUCUAAAUGGAUAAAAACAGAAUUGAAAAAUUUUAAA